AUGGCCAAGGCAAAUCAAGGUGUUGAAAAAGCUGUGUUGUUUACUGGAAAUAAGUCACAGGAAGCUCUUGUUCUUUUGACCGAAACUGCCAAUUCAGCAAUAUUAGAUAGUGCUUGUACUUCCACAGUGGCAGGGGAAACGUGGAUGAAGUGUUAUUUAGACUCCCUAGACUCUUCUAUAAGGGAAAAAGUAGUGGAAAACCCAAGUGAAACUCUUUUCAAAUUUGGUGGAGGUACAGUUCUGCAAUCAACAAAGAAGGUAACUUUUCCAUGUGCUAUUGCAGGUGUUGAAUGUGAAAUUCAGGCAGAUGUUGUAACAAGCGAUAUACCAUUGUUGUUGAGUAAGGACUCCAUGAAGAAAGCAAAAAUGAAGCUGGAUCUUGAAAAUGAUAGUGCAAAUAUUUUCGGAAAAGAUGUUCAACUGCAGGGCACAUCAUCAGGGCAUUAUUGUGUACCAAUAGAUCAAUUGAAAGUUGAUAUUAAAGUUAAAGCCGCUUCACUUGUAGCAACACAAAUGACCAAAGACAAAACCAAAAUCAUAGAAAAACUUCAUAAGCAGUUUGCUCAUCCAUCAGCUAAAAGACUGAAAACUUUGUUGAAAGAUGCAGGUGGUUAUACCAAAGAACACUUAGAUUGUGUAGAUGAAAUAACAGAAGGUUGUGAUGUCUGCAAGAAAUAUAAGAAAACUCCAGCUCGACCAGUGGUUUCACUUCCGUUGGCCACUGAGUUCAAUGAAGUGGUUGCUGUUGAUUUGAAAGAAUGGAAACCAAACACAUACUUUUUGCAUUUAAUUGAUAUUGCAACAAGAUUUAGUCUGGCUACAGUUAUCAAAAGGAAAACACCAGAUGUCAUAGCGGACAAGAUAAUGUCUCUGUGGAUAGGGAGUGGAAUGGGACCUCCAAAGCGUUUCCUAGCUGACAAUGGUGGUGAAUUUGCAAAUGAAAUUUUCCGUGAUAUGUGUGCUAACCUAAACAUUGAUGUAAUGAAUACUGCUGCUUAUAGUCCUUGGCAGAAUGGUAUUUGUGAACGUAAUCAUGCUGUGGUUGAUGACUGUGUUUCCAAAAUAUUGGAAGAUCAACCAAAACUAAAUCUAGAAGUAGCUUUAGUAUGGGCUUUGAAUGCAAAAAACAGUCUCUCGAUGGUAUAUGGAUGGAGCCCGUAUCAACUUGUUUUUGGAACAAACCCAAACUUGCCAAAUGUGCUUAAUGAUAAACCUCCUGCUUUGGAGCACAAUACAGUCAGUCAGACAUUUGCCAAUCAUCUAAAUGCAUUGCACUCUGGUAGGCGUGCUUUCAUACAAGCCGAGUCAUCAGAAAGAAUAAGAAGGGCUCUACGUCAUAAAAUUAGAGCCUCUGGUGAAUGUUUUCAGCAUGGAGAUAAAGUUUAUUACAAAAGAGAUGAUGAUAAUAAGUGGAAAGGACCUGGAACCGUCCUUGGUCAAGAUGGCAAAGUAGUAUUUGUAAGGCAUGGAAGUAUAUAUGUCAGGGUUCAUCCAUGUAGGCUCAUCAGGUGUGGAACAGAGUUUAAUGAUAUGCCAUCUAAGCAACUAAGUGUAAACAAAAGCAAUGUACAACCAGUUAGAGAGAAAAUUCAUCAGACUGCAUUUUAUGAUACUGAUGAUGAGGAGGAAAACAUCAAUAGAAAUGUGGAACAGAAUAUAGAGGAACAAGAACCUGUACAAAAUGAAAAUGAUCAUCAGCAAAAUAUACAACCUCCUCAAAUGCAAAAUGAUGACAAUGAACAAGUAGAUCAAAAUAUUGCACCCGGAGCAGCAUUUGAUAACCUUGAAGAGCCUGUAAGGCCAAAAGAAAAGAAAACCAAAGAUAUUCCACAUGUUGGAGAAAAUAUAGUAUACAAAAUGAAAGAAAAUGACACAUGGGUCAAAGCUAAGGUUGUUAGUAAAGGUGGUAAAUCAAGUGGAAAAAAUUGGGCUUAUUUGAACCUUCAGGAUGAGAAUGAAGAUGCUCAGGUUGGCAUAGAUUUUGCCAAAGAUGUUCAAGAGUGGCGUACAGAACAAGAUGUAGAUGAAGUUAAUGCAGUUGUUGUUCCUCAAUCUAGGCAUAAUGAGAACCAAGUGAAACAUGCUAAACAGCUAGAAAUGGACAAUUGGAAAUCAUUUAAAGUUUAUGAUGAAAUUCCAUAUUCAGACCAAAAUUUAAUGUCAACAAGAUGGGUUAUUACAGAAAAAGAAAUGAAUGGAGAAAGAAAAGUGAAAGCUAGGUUGGUAGUGAGAGGGUUUGAGGAAGAAAAUGAAGUAAAAUCAGAUUCACCAACAGUACACAAAGAAAGCCUACGGUUAUUUUUAGCUAUAGCUUCCACUUCUGAGUUUGACAUUCAUUCAAUAGAUAUAAAGGCAGCAUUUUUACAAGGUAAAGAAAUAGACAGAAUUAUUUUUGUAAAACCUCCAAAAGAGCUUUCUUCUGAUAAACCAGUAGCAUGGAAACUAAAAAAGUGUGUUUAUGGGCUUAUUGAUGCCUCUAGGAACUGGUUUCUUAGUGUUAAAAGAGAACUUCUACAACUGGAGUGUAUUCAGUCUAAGCUUGAUCCUGCCAUAUUUUAUUGGCACAAAAACAACAAUCUUGAGGGACUUUUCCUAAUGCAUGUAGAUGAUUUUCUAUGGGCAGGAAGUGAACAUUUCAAAACGCAGGUUAUAUGUCAACUCGGGGACAAAUUUGAUUGUGGGAAAGAAUUAGACAGUAGUUUCAGAUAUAUAGGUCUUAAUAUUCAACAUGAAGGCAAUGAUACAUUCUUUCAACAACAUGAUUAUACAGAUGAACUGAAGCAAGUUGAUAGAGCUGACAUUAAGAAUGGUAUAUAUCCAGAAAUUGUUGGUCAGUUACACUGGAUUGCCACACAGAGUAGACCUAAUUUGUGCUUUGAUGUUUUGGAUCUUUCUACUUCUGUACAGCUAAGUGAGGCUAAGACUCAAUCAAAGUUGAAUAAAGUAAUCAGAAAAGCUAAAAACAAUUCAUACAGAAUUAAAUAUCCAAACUUAGAAAGUCUGAAGAACAUUGAGUUAAUACUCUAUACGGAUGCCUCAUAUGCCAAUUUAUCUGAUCGUGUUUCAAGUGCCGGUGGAUAUGUGAUAUUUCUACGCAUACGAAUGGAAACCAGAUGCUUCGCAGGGCACAACAAAUCUCUGUGUCAAAACAUUCACUCAACAAAACUUAUUUCUGAGAAACGGUUGUGUUUAGAUUUAGCUAGCAUCAAAGAAAGUGUUAGUCUUGGUGACAUCACAGUCACAUGGAUUAAAACCAGCAGCCAGAUUUCGGAUAGUUUAACUAAAGCAGGAGCUGAUUUCCAUCCUUUGAUCAAAGUUCUCAGUACUGGGAAAGGACCAUGA